GUAGCAAUGCCAGAAACCAUAACAUCAUUCAACCACUUGGCUGCCACAACCAGUGCCACAACUAGUUAAAAGUGCAACCCUCAUUGCGGUGAACAUGCAGUCAAUUGUGUUUCUGGGGCUGGCGAUACUCGUAUGCGGCGUUUGCGGCAGGGAUUUUCGCGGUGAAAAUCUGCCGCGUCAGCUUCGAGUGCUCUUGAAGGACAAGCGCGGUCUCAACGAUAACUCUCAGGCAUACUCGUCGCAUGGAUCUUCUUCCUACUCAGCUCCUAUUCACUCGAGCUUAGGUUCCGGUUACAGUCUAGGAGGAUCAUCCAGUUUCUCCCUCGGACACGCCGGGCUUCACAGCUUGGGUUCCGUCGGCCAAGGAAUCGGAUAUUCUUUAUCUCCCUCCAGCAGCUUUGGUUCUCUUGGAUCGGGUUACUACUCGUCUGGACUGGGCCAUGGCUUGUUGAAUCUUCAGGGUGGCUCUUUGGGUGGACACACAGCUCAGAGCACGUACGCCGUGCCCGCUAUGGCAAGCAUCAGUUUGGGAAGCGGCGGAGGAAGCAACGGACUUUUUACUCCAUCGAAAACCGGUCCCGUCACCUUCGGCAGUCACGGAAGUGGCGGCACUUCCAGUUCGUACACACCGAUGUACGCUCCGCCAUCUCCUGGACUUUCGGCUUAUAGAGGAGACUCAAGCGUUAAUUUUCCUGUCACGUUGGGAUCGUCUCAUGGCUCCCCGUAUGGUCUAUCGUUGGACUCUUCGGGAUCUUCAAGUUACAGUCUUCCCGCUCAGUCUCUGUCUUCGAGUCCUUCACACGUGACGGGCGGUUUAGUUAUCGCUAGUGGUAGCUCGCAUGGCGGACCCUCCAGCUACAAUCUUCCAGUGUCUGGAUCUUCUCACGGCAUCUCUGCACUCAGUUCUUCAGGCUUGCACGGAGCGUCUUCUGCGUACUCUUUCCCAAUAACUUCUGGAUCUCACGGACUCUCGGCGUUAUCUUCCAAUUCCGCGUCGUCCAGUUAUUCUGGACCUGUUUCUUCAGGAUCUUAUGAUUCCAGCUCUCACGGACUGCCGAGCGCAUCAUCCGACAGCUACGAACUGCCGAUCUCUUCGGGAUCUUCGAGCUCCGGGUCUUCGUCUGGGAAGUAUGUGUUGCCGAAUUCGGACACCAGCUACUCAUCCGCCAGUAGUUCCAGCUACUCUAGUCCCAAGUCUAGCUACUCUAGCCCAAGCGUUACGCGCGUAGCUCCAGGUUCUAGCUACGCAACUUCUUCCAGUUCCGGUUAUUCGAAUUACGCGAGUCCUAGUUCCAGUUACUCCAGCCCCUCAGCGACCUACGCCGCGCCUUCAAGCUACACGCCUAUAUAUUCGAGUUCUUCCGGUUCCUACGGAACGUCUGCGGAAUCGCAGCACGGAGCUUAUUCCAAUGUGAAUCCGAGGUAUCUAGGAUACGUCGCGUCGAAAUCGUACGACUCCACCGAUUCCGGAAAUACAAAAUACGACACGAUCUCGUAUUCGAGUCCUAACGGAAAAUAUUAAGCAGCUAUUAUUUUUUUAAUUUAUAUACUUUGUAGUUUAUUUGUGAGUUUUCUAAUAUCAACAUUUAUCAAACAUUUGCUCUGAUAACCGCUUAGGAAUUAUAAUCGCUGUUUGUUUUCUUGUGAGUGAAAAAAAUUUUAAAUUUUUUAACUUAAGAUAAUUGUAUUUAUCUGAUUCUAUGCUGACUUAUAAUCUUGCCAUGAAAAAUAAUUCCGAUUGCGAUACGAGAAUUAGAUCGGAAUGUCACGCUGUUAAAAAUAAUAUAAUGGCACAGGAUUCAGAAAGAGUUGCUUUGAUAUAUUUAUACUUAAUUUAUAUUACUUUUGUUUUGUAUUCUGAUUUAUUGUAUUUAAUGCCGUUAUCUAUUUAUGUUACAAAUAGAGAUGGUUUAGUAUUUCUGUUGUACAUCCCUUGUAUUGACGAAGAGAAUUGUGAUUUUUGUUGUUUAGUUUUAUAUUUUGUAAUAAAAAUCUGAAUACAUACAAACACACAAAAAACCAAACCUAUAUUUUUAAGUCUGAUCGCUUGUAAUAGCUUUAGUGACUAAAAUUAAUUUAGAACGCAACUCACAAAUCUCUGAGACUGGAAAUCAACAUUUAUUGAUUCGCAAAAAAUAUUAUUACUAAUUAUAAGUUGUGCGCUAUACGUAAAUAAACACGCAAUAAGAUUC